AUGGAUGAGUCUGAUGAGAGCGCAGCUUGCAAUCCUCGCAAGCGCGCAAGGACCGAGGGCAAGCCGGUUGCCGCUGUGAGGUUGCCUUGUCAAGCAAGAGAUGAAGGCUUGGCCUGCUUCACGAGGGAUGACUUAGAUGAUCUGGAUUUCACCUGGACCAUCAUUGACGAUCGAGUGGUGGCACUGGAUGCAUUUAUGCCUUCCCACCCGGGCGGCUCGCUAAUUCAGCGAGCUGCUGGCUUGGAUGCAAGCGACCUCUUCCACGCCCACCACGCUUCUCCCGCCGCAGCCGCUGUCUUGGAGAAGAUCGUCGUUGGCUUUCUGAAGCCCUCGAGGCCAAAGGAACAUCGCUGGCGAGCUGAACUCAACAAGAGGAUGGAACGCCUCAUGAAGACCCCGGACACUCCUUUGUCCGAGGCCGUGGCUGUGACAAUGCUGGGCCUCUUCGCUUUGUGGGCCUACUUUGUUUACGUACAAGGCUACUUCUGGCUCAAUGUUCUCACCGGCUGGUUUUGGUGGAGACACUUAGAUGCCGGAUUGCACAGUGCUGUUCACGGAGACUUCAAGUGGUCGCCAAGAUGCCAGAAAUGGCUGCUGACAGCCUACGCAGUGCUGUGCCAUCACAUGCUGGACCACUAUGGAGGCAAUCAGUCAGGCCUGUCGCAGCAUUUCGAGCACCAUCUUCAUACAAAUGACUUCCGCAACGACCCAGAUUGGACAGUCUUUGCGGUUGGGCGGAACUGGAUACGCCGGCAUGGCUGCAAUCCCUGGCAACCCUACAACGCAUGGCAGGUCUUCUACUGGCUUCCUGUGCGUUGCGUGCUCGAGCCGGUGACUGAGAUCUUCACGAUGCUGGCGACUUGCAUGAACGGAGCCGCGCAGGUUUUGGAGCCCCCCGCCAGCUGGGAGAAGCUGGUGGCCAGGGUCCGGGACGUGGCGUCCUGGUGGACGGAGGUUCUCCUGAGCCCGGGCUACCAGGGAGCAGCCUUUCUCUUCCAGCCGGCCUGGACAGCAGCAAGCGCAUUGCUGCUGAGCAGAGUUUUGGCAAAGUUCGUGCUCAUUCCUUUCGCCGAGGUUCAGCAUUUUCUUAUGCCGGAUGAGGGUUGCAAGGAUGAGGAGUUUGUGGUGAGACAGCUCAGCACAACUGCCAACCUGCGACUCAACAAUCCAGUCACUCGCUUGCUGGACUUCCUGAUGUUUCAUGGCGACAGCUUCCAGGUGGAGCACCACCUGUGGCCCGCCAUGAGCUUCGUGCACUUGCAGGAAGCCUCCCAGGUGUUGCAGCAAGCGUGCAGGGAGCUGGAUCUGCCUUAUCACGAGAUUGGCUACUGGGAGGCUCAUCGCAAGGUCUGGCAGCAGGUGAAGGAGCAUGCAGAGCAGCCGAUCCUCAUGGAAGAGCUACGAUACCUCGCAAAGACCGAGGCGGGCGUGCCGCGCCGCGCCGCGGAGCUGCGGAAGGCGGAGGCGGUGCACGGGGAGCUGAAGGACCGGGACGACGCCUUCCGCGCGGCGGCGCGGACGCUGGGCCCGGUGCUCACCUCCCGGGACCUGGCCGCCGUGACGCUGAAGCGCGCCGAGGAACAGGCCAGCCAGCCGUUGAGGUCUCUUGGCUCCAGGGUUCCUUAG